AUGAAUACCCUAAAAUCGUCGAUUACCAGUCUCAACUGCUUUCUGGGCUUUAUAACUUGCAAGACUCCCCCGGGGAUUUGGCCACAGAAUCCGACGGUGCUGACCAGUGCAUCUUCUGCCUCAUCUACUCCUGUCGCUGAAGUCACCGGGCCUACCGCUCCUGGUACUACUUCAGCUGUCCAUUCGUUGACUACCACGACUACUUCUUCUUUCGUUUCCUUCUUGUCCAGUACUAGCUCUGCCCCGUCCAGCUUUGUGACCUCGGCAGCCUCUUCUACCACAUUCGUUGAUACCUCUGCUAGCGGGUCAGUCAGCGCCCUAAGCAGCAGCACUGCCAGCACUAUGUCUGUCAGUCUGAGUCUCAGCUCGAGCAUUGUGGCGUCGUCUGCUGUUCCUGCAGCGACGCCCGUCAGCAGCGGCUCCAUCGCCGCCAACAUCCUGGUGAUUGCGCGCGACACUGCCUCUGCAGGCGUGGCAUCAUCUGGUCUCAAUGCCUAUGGCAUUCCCUUCACUACUCUGGUCGUGCCCCAGUCUGGCGCCAGCCUGCCCGCCCUGAACGGCACCGAAGGUGGCAACUUCGCCGGUAUUGUGGUUGCCAGUGAAGUCAGCUACAACUACGGCAAUGCCACAGGGUACCAGAGUGCUCUCACUACGGACCAAUGGAACCAGCUGUAUGCCUACCAGCUGGCUUACGGUGUGCGCAUGGUGCAGUACGACGUGUAUCCGGGCCCUAGUUACGGCGCCAGCGCUGUCGGCGACGGCUGCUGUGCAACCGGGGUCGAACAAUUGAUGUCGUUCAGUGACAUCAGCGACUUCCCAACGUCUGGCCUGAAGACUGGCGCUGGUGUGAGUACCAGUGGCCUCUGGCACUAUCCUGCCACCGUAUCCAACACUACCUCCACCAAAGAAAUCGCUCGUUUUGCCGCCAACUCCGAUUCGGGCAGCGAGACCACUGCUGCCGUGAUCAACAACUUCGAUGGCCGUGAGCAAAUGGCCUUCUUCAUCUCCUUCGACACCACUUGGAGCGCCACCUCCACCUACCUGCAGCACGCAUGGAUCACCUGGCUCACCCGCGGCCUGUACGCGGGUUACCGCCGCGUGAACCUGAACACUCAGAUCGACGACAUGUUCCUGGAAACCGACAUCUACAAGCCCAACGGCACCACCUUCCGCAUCACGCCGGCCGACCUGGACGGCAUUGCUAACUGGCUGCCGGAAAUCAAUGGCAAGAUGAACGCCGGCAGCAACUACUACGUCGAAGUCGGCCACAACGGCAACGGCAACAUCGAAUCCGCCGCUGGCGUCUCCGACGAGGCCUACACCACUUGCAACGAGGGCGGCAUCGAGUACGACUCGCCCGCCGACACCCCCCUGGAAUGGAAGAAGCCCGUGGGGACCGGCACCAACCUUUGGCCCUCCUCUCCCACCACCUACGACUGGUCCGUUGCCUGCACGCAGCUCGACCCUCUCCUCCUCUGGUGGACCAACACUACCAACCAGGACAAGUUCGGCCACAUCUCCCACACCUUCACCCACGAAGAGCAAAACAAUGCCACCUACUCCGAUGUCUACAAGGAAAUCUCCUUCAACCAGGCCUGGCUGAAACAAGUCGGCAUCUCCUCCGCCAAGCACUUCACUUCUAACGGUAUCAUCCCUCCCGCCAUCACGGGCCUGCACAACGGCGAUGCCCUGCGCGCCUGGUGGGAAAACGGCAUCACCAACUGCGUUGGUGAUAACACGCGCUCUGCCCUCCUGAACCAACAGAAUGACAUGUGGCCCUACUGGACCAAUGAAGCCUCUGACGGUUUCGACGGUAUGCAGGUCAACCCGCGCUUCGCCACCCGCAUCUACUACAACUGCGAUACCCCAGACUGCACGCUGCAGGAAUGGAUCGACACCUCCGCUGGAUCCGGUGACUUUGAUAACUUGCUCGCUACGGAGAAGGGCGAAGUCAUGCGUCACCUGUUCGGUCUGCACCAUGACCCCUACAUGUUCCAUCAGGCCAAUCUGCGUAAUGCCGAUGUGGACGCCAUCACAGUCAACGGCGUCUCGGCCAAGUACUCCAUCUUCCAAGCGUGGGUGGAGACCCAGGUGCAGGAGUUUGUGCGCUUGGUCGAUUGGCCCCUUGUUACUAUCAACCAUGAAGCUAUGUCCGCCUCCUUCCUGGCCCGCUACACUCGCGACGCCUGCAACUACUCCCUGCGCUACACCAUCUCCGAUCACAAGAUCACGGGCGCCACCCUCUCUGCGACGGAUAAUACCUGCAAUGCUACCAUCCCCGUCACGUUCCCCGUGGCACCGACCAACACGCAGGGCUUCACGACCGAGCAGGUCGGAAGUGAUCCGUUGACCGUGUGGGUGCAGCUGUCGGGGUCGCCGGUCAGCUUCACGCUGUCGACGCCGAUUGCGCUGUAA